AUGGAACUUCAUUCUUUAGAAGAGACCAUCAACUUCUCUGAGUUAACUCUUCAGGCGGAAACUGAGCAGAGACCGCACAAGGUUAGCUUUUACGUUGACAAGAGUAAGGCUCAGGAUGUGACUAUGGAGCUCUCUCAGCGGUUGGAGAAACGUGGGCUGAGGUUUUGCUUCUUUGAUUAUUUGGAUGUGAAAAUAAUCUACAGUGGAGGCAUGGAUCUAGAUAUCUUACCACAAGGUGCUGGAAAGGGACAAGCGCUUGCUUAUCUCCUCAAGAAGCUCAAGAGCGAAGGGAAACUCCCUGUGAACACUCUUGCUUGCGGUGACUCCGGGAACGAUGCCGAACUCUUUAGCAUCCCUGACGUUUACGGCGUCAUGGUGAGCAAUGCUCAGGAGGAGCUGUUGGAGUGGCAUGCUGAGAAUGCGAAAGACAACCCGAAGGUGAUCCAUGCGAAGGAGAGGUGUGCGGGUGGGAUUAUAGAAGCCGUUGGUGAGGUCAAGCUUGGUCCAAACCUUUCUCCGAGAGACGUCUCUGACUUCUUGGAGUGCAGGGUGGAUAAUGUCAACCCUGGUCACGAGGUUGUGAAGUUUUUCUUAUUUCUUGUCCAAUAA